AUGUCGCCGCUGCGCACCUCGACAAGCCGCCUCACCCGCCAACUGGCGAAGCAGCCCUGGACACUGCCUGGCCACAAUGGCGUGUCAAUACCCUCCUCGAUCCAACGAGCCUCGAUGGCCUCCGUCGUCCCUCCAGUCACUCCAGACAGCACCUCGCGCCAGGGUCCCACAGCCAUGGUCUUCAUGAACAUGGGCGGACCCUCCACCACCGCCGAAGUAGGCGACUUCCUGUCCCGCCUGUUCGCCGACGGCGACCUCAUCCCCCUCGGUCCCCUUCAAGGGUAUCUCGGACCUCUCAUCUCCCGGCGCCGCACGCCCAAGAUCCAAAAACAAUACGCGGCCAUUGGCGGCGGCAGCCCCAUAAGAAAAUGGUCGGAAUACCAGUGCUCGGAAAUGUGCAAGCUCCUCGACAAGAUGAGUCCCGAGACGGCGCCGCACAAGCCCUAUGUCGCCUUUCGGUACGCCAACCCGCUGACCGAGGAGAUGUACGAAACCCUGCUGAAUGACGGCUUUGGACGCGGUCGCGGCGGCCGUGCCGUCGCCUUCACCCAGUAUCCGCAGUACAGCUGCUCGACGACGGGGUCGUCACUGAACGAGCUGUGGAAAUGGCGCACCCGGCUCGAAGGGAAGCGGUCUGUUGUCGGGGACGGCAAAUCAAUGACCCCUGCCACUACCUCAGACCCGGAAGGCGCAAUCACAUGGUCCGUGAUCGACCGGUGGCCGACGCACCCGGGCCUGGUCGAAGCGUUUGCGCAAAACAUCGAGGCCAAACUGGCCGAAUACCCGCCCGAGCGACGCAAGGACGUCGUGAUCCUCUUCUCCGCCCACUCGCUGCCCAUGAGCGUGGUAAACCGGGGCGACCCUUACCCGGCCGAAGUGGCCGCCACGGUGCACGCGGUGAUGACCCGCCUGGGCCACUCCAACCCGUACCGCCUGUGCUGGCAGUCACAGGUGGGGCCCUCGGCCUGGCUGGGUGCCCAGACCAGCGACACGGUCAAGCAGUACGUCGCGCGUGGCCAGACAGACCUCAUUCUUGUACCUAUCGCCUUCACUUCGGACCACAUCGAGACGCUGUACGAGCUGGACCAGGAGGUCAUGCACGAGGACGCAAAGGGCCACCCAGGUGUUAAGCGCGCCGAGUCUCUGAAUGGGAACCGCGUGUUCAUCCAGGCCCUCGCAGACGUUGCCCACAAGCAUCUCCAGAGCGGGGAGAGCUGUUCCCGCCAGAUGGGCCUGCGGUGCCAGGGCUGCAAGAGCGAGAGAUGUCUCGAGCAGAAACGCUUCUUUGCCGGCGAGCAGGCCAAGAUCCUGCCGACUGUACGAUAA